UCAUAUCAAAACUUUAAUUUCAACUGAGCGGUUGCAGCGCGCGUCGGUCGGCUUGAAGGCGAACAAUUCAAAAGUAACUGAGGAGCCCAAUAAAAUCUUAUUUGAGAGUUAAACAGAAGCACAGAAGGCGAAACCAAAACGUUCAGGUGUUUGUUAAAAGUUGAAUGUGCUAGCGUGUGCGUUAUUAUUCCGUUUUCACAUUUUCUCAAAAGUGCGAAAAAAGGGAAGAAGGACCGAGUGAAGAAGCAGCGAAAACGACAAGCGAAAAAUUUGUUCGUGACUCGGCGGCUGUGCUGUUCUGUUUGCUUCUCCCUCCCGUUCGCCGCUCUCUCUGUGUGUGUGUUUGUGUGGUGCGGCGUGUAUGUGAGAGGGCACAAGGAGAAUUUGCAAGAAGCAAGAAAGAAACGCCAGAAAAAGAAGCGAGAAGAGAAAUAAAACGCAGUGGCGUGUGAAUCACGAAGAGAGAUAGAGAGAUACAGCAAAAUGGAGCACGAGGACAACGCUCAGUUCGAUAAUUACAUGAACCGCUUCGCGGAGAAUAUUCAGCAAAUCGCUGGCGGUGCCGGCAAUGCUGUCGAUGCUGCCGGCGAGCUGGUGCCCAACAUCGGCGCCGCCUCCGUCAAGUCGGGCGAGCACGAAGACGACGAGGAAUGGAAGUACAGACAUGAAGUGCAGCAGAGCGAAAAGCAGCAGCAACAGCAGCAUCUUGGCGGCUUCGGCGAGGAGGACUUCGGCGCUAACGUGGCAGGAAAUGGCAACGGCAACGGCACCGGCAAUGGGUUUGGCCACCACGAGGCAGAGCUGCUGAUCGGCAAUGGGCUGGGCAAUGGCGGCGGUGCAGCCGCUGGCUUUAGCCUGGUCUACGAGGACGAAGACGUUGAAGUGAUCAAGAACGAUGGUGACUUCUCGACAAACUCCAACACCACAACGUCGACCGGCGAGGUGGCCGGCCUGGAGCGGCACGAUCAGCAGCAGCUGCUGCUGGAGCCACAGCGAGAUCUGCUGCAGCAGCAGCAGGAGCUGCUCCAUCAGCAGGAGGACGAGGAUGAGGCCAGCUCGGUGGCCACCACAUAUGGCACCAGCAGCCUGAGCGAGAACAAUCCCACGCCGCUGGAUCAGGAGGUGGUGGGUGGCCAGCAGGAGGAACAGGAACAGGCACAGGACCUGCUCGAAGCCUUUGACAACAAGGAGAACAACGAUCCCGUUGUCGACCCCGAAGAAUCUCACUCGCAACUCAAUCCCAAUGCCGUCGCAUUUGUGCCCAAUUUUGGCUCCCAGCCGUCAUCCCCAUUGCCCAUGGAGGGUGAGCCUGUCCUGGGCCUGAAUCCGCGCCAGCUAAUUGGUGGUCCUCUCGACGAUAUGGUGGCGGAGAGUCCCCGCAAGGGCUCGGCCAGGGACAACAUGGACGCCAUUGCCGUGCCCGACGAGCGGGAGUUUGACAUUGAGGCGGCCAAGCGACCCCAUGAACUGGAGCAGGAAAACGAUGUCUUUACCGAUGGCAACCUGGAGCAACAGCUCUUGAAUGGAGCAGGCGCUGGCUUUGUCCUGGGCGCUGCCCCGGUCCUCGAGGAUGUCCUGGACCACGGCCCAGAAACCAGCGUUGACUUGGAUCUGACCGUGGACCAGAUCACCGCCAGCAACGACAUCAUGAAGCAGUCGUUCUACGGCGAGCUCAAUACCUCCAUCGAGGACAUACUCAACUCGGUGCAGCCGCUGCCGACUCAGUCGAGCGAGGAUUUCGGAGCUGCCGAGAAGGAGCUGCUCAAUGUGGAGGAAAAGGAACAUGUCUCGCAGUCCCCCUCCACGGAGGAGCUGCAGUACCAGGCCAACGACGACCAAGACCAGAUUCAGAUUCAGCAGAUCCAGCAUCAGCAGCAAUUGUUUGGCUCUGCCCCCGAGGACCCAAUGCAGGCCUCGUUCUAUCUGGAGCACACUUCCAGCGAGGCCCAUCAGCAGCAGCAGGAGCAGCAGCGCCCAGAGGAGGAUCUUGACCAGCUGCCCGGCGACUCUUCCGAUCCCUUCGCCGAGAACGUCAACGACCAGAGCCUGCUGCUGGACACCAGUGCCCCACUGUUCAGCCCCGAGGAAAUUGCGCCCGUGUCCAAACCGGACGCCAGUGCCCCCCCGUUCAGCCCCGAGGAAAUUGCGCCCGUGUCCAAACUGGACGCCAGUGCCCCCCCGUUCAGCCCCCAGGAAAAUGCACCCGUGGCCAAGCUGGAGCUGGAGCCGCAGCAAGCCGAUAUUGUGGACAUUACGCCGUCGCCGCUCUCCUCCACCGAGGAGAAGCAUCUCGUCGAGGACACCAAGGAGACAUUCGAGCAGGAGACUCUAUUGUUCGAGCCACUUGUCGAGGCCGGAGCUCCCCCACAGGUGGAGGAGUACGCUGCCUUCAAUGCAGCUUCCGGCUAUGAGGCUCAACGCUCCAUCGAGCAGCUCGCCCCGUCACCGGGAAUCAAUCCAUUUGCUGCGCCAUUCACGCCCGCACACUUGGCCGAGGAAGUCAUCGUGGCCCAAGAGCUGCAACCGGAAAUACAGGAAAACUUCAACCAGCUGCAAUUGCAGGAGGAACUCAUCGAGGAGGAGUACCAGAUUAGCCCUGAGCCUGAAGCCGCCGCCCCCGCCCCCGCUCCCGCCCCCGUCAACGUGUUCCCCGACUUUGCUGCUGCUGCUGAGGCUCCAGCUCCAGUUCCAGCUGAGGCUGCUGCACCCUUUUUCAAUGGCUUCGAGAGCAAUACCACCCCAGAGCCGGUGCACCAGCAGGAGGAGAUUACGGAGCCAUCGGUGCUGCUCUACUCUGAGCCAGCUGUGGAGGCACCAGCUCCGGCUCUUCAAGAGCCCGAGCUGCCUGUGAGCUCUGAAGCAACUUCCGAAGCAGUAAAACCCGUUUCUUAUGCAUUUGACCUGGACGACACUCCGGUGGCUGAAGCAGAGCCCAUCCCUGUGGCCGCCAGCGAACCCGUUGCCGAGGAGCCCCCCGUGGUCGCCGCUGCUGCUGUGGUGGCUGCAGCUGCAGCCGCUGUCGCCGGCACUGCCGUGGCCGCAGCCGCAGCUGCCAAGGCCAAGGGAAAACCAACUCCCACUGAUGCCAAGAAGCCGGCUGCAAAGCCUGCAACCACUACGGCUGCUGCCAAGCCCAAGCCAGCAGCUCCUUCUGCGGCAAAGAAGCCCGCAACAGGCCCCACAACAACAGCAGCACGCCCUCGGACGGCACCAGUGGCUCCCAGGACCACGACUGCAUCGUCGUCGACAGCUGGCAAGCCGGCCACCACUGCCCGCAAGCCGCUGACCAGCUCGGUGGGAACUGUUGCCGCCAAGCCGGCACCCAGGACCACCACCACAGCCAGUGCACGGCCAGCGACAGCUCCGGCCGGCCGUACGGCUCCCGCCAGCAAGCCGUUGGCCAGCAAGCCCCUGGGCAGCACUUUGACCAAGACAACAGCCAGCACAACGACAGCCGCUCGCAGCGCUGCCUCUGCCAGCCUGGCGGCACGCAAGCCGCUCUCUUCGGCCACGGCCAAUGGAGCUGGUGCCAGCAGCGGUGCUGGCAGCCUGGCCAAGCCACGUUUGGCGACCACCACCAGCACUGCCGCACCCAAGCCGAAGGUGCCGUCGCCUCGCAGCGCCGCCCCUACUGGCGCCAGCACAGCCCGCAAGGCGGCGACUGCUGCUUCCACAACGAGUGCAUCCUCGCAGGGCGCUCGUAGCCCCACAAAGCCAACGACCCAUGGACUGGGCAAGAGCACCGCAGGCAGCAGCACUACUACCACCACCACUACUCGCGUCAAGUCGGCCACAGCGGCCAAUGGCACAGGCACUGGCACUACUACCACAUCGACCACAAAGACUUUCACAGCCCGCCCGGCACCCAAGUUCACGCACUCGACGGCCAGCGGAACCACCGGCAGCAGCAGCACCACCACGCGACGCUCCCUGCUGGCCUCGAGCUCGACCACGACUGCGGCCCAGCGCAAGACCUCGCCCCUGAAGACCAGCAACAACACGCUCAGGGCGUCGCCUCUGAAGUCAGCUGGAAGCGCCUCCACCACGCCGCUGAAACCGAAAGCCAAAGAAACAGCAGCCGCUUCCAAAGCCUCGCCGGCCGCUAUAAAGGCGCGCAAGGUGCCCACCCCGAUGAAGGGUGCAGCCCCUGGGGCCCCCAUUAGGAAACCAGUGCCGGCUGAGCCGGCUCCUCCGGCCACCAACGGCGAGGAGGAGCAGCAGCCACCCAUUACCCAGAACGGCAACGGAUCACACGAGGCAGAGGUCGUCGCAGAGGAGUUCCCAGUGUCCCAGGAUCAGGAACAGGCACCAGCUGUAGCUCCAGCUGCAGCUCCACCCGCAGAGGUGUCCCUGCUGGAUUUCUAGGGCAAAAAAACACGAGAAUUACUUUACUAAUAUUAUAAACAUAUUAAGCUAAAGUACUUUGUGCGCGCGCGGACAUCAAGAGAGGAAAAUAAGAUGGGGAAAACAGAAGAAACGGAAAACUUUAAGACAGAAAAUCGAACCCGAAUUGUGAAUUGUGGGCCCCGAUACCGAUGCUCCAAUGCAAUCGAACCGAACCGAUCUAUUUAUACAUCGACUACGAUUUCGAUUUCUUUAUAGAUAUUUAUAUAUAUAUUAAAUGUAUGUUAUUAAAACGAAGCCCCAGAGCGAAAGCAACGUUUUGUGCUAUUUUGUGAAGGUUUUUUGUACCGCUGUGGCAAAUGAUUAUACUAUAUGGUGUGCUCUGUUUUUUCUCGCUCAUUUAUUUAAGUUUUUUAGUAAUUGUUCCUCACACGCUCUGUUAUUUCUUUCGCCCAUGUGCUAAGCGAAAUUUUUGUUUUGCUCCGAACGGCACGACGGCACCCAAGCGCAUCGCUAAAAACCACAAAAAAUAAUUGUCAUUUUUGCAACAUUUUUAAAGGCAAAGAAAACCCAAUUGCAAAAGAAAGAAGCCCCCAAAAAAAACACAAAAAACAUUGUCAAAAAGGGAAAACGCAAAAAAAAAAAACAAAAAUCAAAUAAAACUAUGAAAAAAUAUCGUGUAGGAAGAACAAAAAAAAGUAUAACUGUAGCUAUUAGUCGGCGUUCUAACAAGUUAAUAUGAAGAAGAAGAAGAAAAACCAUAAAAAAAUCAAAACUAAUCGAACAAGAAGGAAAAGCAAACAAAAUUUGCGCAGCUGAAAUGUUAGACUGCUAACCAUUUAAAAACGAAAACAAAAAGAACUUAUAAUAUUACUAAAUGAUUCAAGCAAGAAUCGAUGUGUUUUAACUGUCCUCCAAGCACGCACGCAUAUAUUUUAUUGAUUUAAAAAUGUUUUGUAUACGUUCCUCCAAGUUUACUUAAAAGAAAAGAGUUACAAAAAUUUAAUUUGCUUGAAAACCCGAAGAGCAAUCUAAAUUUUAACCCAGUGUAUCAUUUUAACUUCAGAAAAAAAAAAAAUCUUGAAAUGUUUUCUGUUUUAACACAUUAGAAAAGUAGUUUUUUAUGCCACCAGGAAACUGGUUGAAUUGUAUUAUUAUUUUUUAAUUCGUUAAAGACAAACAUCAGCAAGCAAUCGGCAGAACGAACAUUUAAUGUAACUCUACAGCACCAUCCCCGAAUCACACACACUCUCUAUACAUAUACUGUAUGUUUAAAACGAUAUUACCAAUUAAAAAUUAAACAAAAACGAACAAAAAAAUACUUAAAAAG